GAUUAUUUUAGUUUAUUUAAUAGUAUGAUAUAAAAUAUGGUCGUUGUUUUUUUAAUAUAGAAAGCAAAAUAUAUAGAAUACAGGUUACAAUAGAAACAUCAACUAACAGCGAUAUAAAGAGCUACAGCUUUCUUAAACUUUCACCAUGGUUACCCCAAAGGCCUCAUUUUCCACCGCUUUCACGGCGCCAGCAUCGUCCUUGAUAAACUGGAACUCGCCAAGGCUAUUGAAAUCGUACAGCCUUUGGUCCAAGUUGAACCAGCUCUCGCAUGCACCGUCCUCGUAGAAUAGCUUAUCCUCCAGUGCGUGUCUCUGCGCAUGCGUCGCCGUCUCAAACACAGCUCGGAAUACAUCCCGGCUGCCCGACACAUCUUCACGCGCCUCCCAUUGCUUCGAGUGGUCUCUGCGCUUCACCGUCUUUGAUGUCGACAUGUCAGAAGGAUAUAGACGGCCGUCGACAAAGGGCUUCUCGGUGCUGUUGCUUGCGUGUUGUAUUCCAUCGAGACUGUAGAGGGAGAUAUGUGACAGCACAUCAAAUCCACGAACAGUAAACUCUCGAAUGUUGGUUCCAGGGCCGUUAUCAAUCGCCAGGACGAGCUUUGACUUGCUAUCCUUGUCGACGUAUGUUGCAAUGUGGCCACGGUCCGACGAUGCUUCGCUUCGGGCGGCCUCAUCAAUGGCUGGGAUAAGUGCCUUGACGGUGGAACUGAAGAUUUCUGUCGCUGCAUGGGGAUCCUGUGCAACUUCUUGGCCUCCAGUGAGGACGGAGACAGAAAUGUCAUAGUCAGGUACUAUACCCGCGUGUGCGUGAUAUUGGCCGAGAUCGCCCGUUUUGGUGUACACAUCGAUAACGCGGCCAUCCUUUGCCAGGCGUGUUGAGCGGAGUAUCUCCCAUGGUGCACCCACAGAGAAGCUAAGAGAAGCUGUGUGUGUCUUGGGCUUCAUCCAAGCGCGCGUAGCCGCAGGAGAAAGUAACCGGUUGGCCAUUAUUGCGUCGGCAAAGGCGAGCAUGUCGCUGGUCGAAGAAAACAUACCACCAGCCCUGCAACCAAUUAGUGACAUUCCGUGUACAUGGAUGGCAGAUCACUCACGCUUCAAAGACUCCGAGAGUCCCAUUCCACGUUUCCUCUUGUUGGGGAACGAAUACACGGUUCUCAAGCGAAGGAAUAAACCCUUCAAACGAACUUGCUUUCAUACCAGCAACAUCAAAGACGGCCUCCUUGGCAAGAUCGGCGAACUUUUUACCCGUUGCUGCCUCAAGGACCAUUCCGAGCACGCCAUAGGCAGUGCUAGAAUAUGCAGGCGAUGUAAAAGGCUUGAAGAUGGCUGCAUUGCGGUUAAUGGUAUCCAGAAUGUCCUUUGGUGUACACUUUGGCGUGCCGCCAAAGCCAGAACAAGUUGGGCCAGUGCCGUCCACCACAGGUGGUAAGCCCAAGGCCGUCCAGGGAAUUUGGGAAAAGACAGCCAAGUCCGUUGCAACUAAUAACUGGUCAGUUUUUUGUAUGGAAGUAGAUGAAAGUGGGCUUACUGCUAGUAGGUAUUCCAGAGAGAUGAGACGCAAGGGAUUCCACAGUGAUGUCUUCCCAGUCAAAAUGGUGUGCGUCGAGCGACACACUCUUUUUCAAAUCAGGAAGAUACUUGAGCACCGAGGCUUGCAUAUCAAUCUUGUCACUCUGAAGAGCCACCAGUGCAGCUACUACCUUGGAGAAGCUUCCCACACGGUAAAUGGUGUUUUCAUCCACCUUGGUCGUGCCAAUACCCGACAUGUUAGUGGGCGUAAAGUGCCAGUUGAACAGUGGCUUGUCUUCAUGGAGUGACUUGACUGCCACACUGACCGCGCUCUGACUCAACAGAGGCUGAAGUGUAUCUUGCAGUUGUUUGGCUAGAGCCUCGCCCGCCUGCUUCACAGCACUGUUAGUAGAUGGCGCUGUUGGCGCAGGCAGCGUGCGGCCCAGUGGAGGGCACGGCUUUGCGGAAGAGGGAAUAGAAAGGGCCAAUACGGCCAGUAAGGUAGUUGUAAGCAUUUUGAAUUGUUGUUGUCUUGUCCAAGAUUAGAGAAGCGAUAUGGCGGGAUAUAUUUAUACUUGUGCAGACGCAGACAAACAGCAUUCUGGCCGUCGUCAUCUAACAGGCGGCUCAACUAUUACGAAUUCUGCACCAUCGAAGUGCGAGGCUCUCGAUCCGACGGCACUGCCUCCGCAUCCCGAACCGGACACUUUUUCUGAAGAUUAGUAUAUCUGAUUGGUGAACAAGUGGAUGCUGAUGUGAUGGCCAAGAGGUCCUGAACCGUCAUCCUGGGCCCUGUUAAAACACAAGGCUUACGCGCGCCACAGAGUCCGAGGUCCCAGAAUGCGACGGCAGUGCAGACUAGCGCCGGCUACGGCUACUGGGCUGACGACGAUGGCAGUCGAUCGAAUGCUGCUUUUGAAAUACGCACAGCCACUGUCCAGUUUUAUUCGUUCUGCCGUUCGGCGACUACUUAGUUGAGCUUGCCCCGACUUUGCUGAAGCUCAGCCUUGUUGAAAAGCCCACAACACAUGUCGCGCAAUUUCCGCAAUUCCCGUCGUAUGCGAAUGCGACAGAGUCUCGCCUAAUCCCCAGUCAACUUGUCUUCGCCACUCGUGAGUUUGGACAUUUUAGAUCUCUGGAGAAUUCAUGUUCGUGAGGAAUACGUCACGCUACGCAUCAUCAGAUUCAUCCUCAUAUCCCGUCCAUGGAAAAGGCUACUGCCACGACCACCAGUCAAGCCUGGAGGAAGAAGCCCCGUAAAUUUGCCCCGAAGUCAAGGCUAGGUUGCAAGACAUGCAAGAUCCGUCGAAUAAAAUGCGAUCUUGCUCGCCCGUGUUGCCAAAAAUGUCAAUCUACAGGGCGUGUAUGUGAUGGCUAUCCUGAGCCCGCGGGAAACAACACCAUUCAAAAGCAGCAACCACUUCUCCUUCAGACAGAGUGUAGGAACAUAGCCAGGUUGAAGCCCCUGAUGCUGGCGCCCGCCGCCAGCCCUGUAGAAAGGGCCACUAUGGACUUUUUUCAGCAUGUCUCUAUUAAUACUAUGAACGAGUACAUGCCGUCGGAGCUUUGGCACAACACUGUCAUGCUCCUCGCUCAGACUGUGCCAGCAGUACGCCAUGCUACACUCGCCCUAGCUGUCACGCAUCGAAAUCACUUGGAUAGACUACAGCAGGUACAGAGGUUACCAGCCUCGCCGGGGCCAGAGCAGAUUGCGCAGUUUCACUACCAGAAGGCAAUACAGCUUCUCCUGGGUUCGGAUACUGGUGGUUCCUCUAACAAUGCCGUUGUUACAUUAUUGGUUUGUUAUCUUUUUGUUUGCUUUGGCAGCCUGUCGGGGCAAAACAACGAGUCUUUAAUGCAUCUGCAAGCAGGCGUUAAGCUUUCCAACGAUAUGAUGCCAUCAAAACAAGUGGGUGCAAUUUCACUUUCUGACAACCAAAGUAUUAUAUCGCAGGUUUCAAGGCGCCUUGAACGUCUCAAUAUGCAGACUGCCAUGUUUGUAACAGACUGGGUUCCGACGAAUAUUCACAAGCCAGGGGUUUUUCAAGCUACCAAUGGAGCGUUUGCAUCCCUUGAUGAGGCUAUCGAUGGCAUCCAGUUUCUCGUCUCGCAGACGAUGAGACUACAUCACAACACCACUGAGGUACAACUAUCAUCUGCUGUUACUCCGUCGGACACACACAAACUAGGCCUACCAUCUAGGGACACCCUUCUAACCCAGUCGUCCAUGUGGCUGCCUUUAUUUGAUAAUAUGCCACCUGAAUCCAAAGGUGGCAGUAAUAGCGCUGUGGUUAUGCUAAUACGCCUGCAUUAUGCCAUUGUGCGAAUUUUACUCAGCUGUCAGCAGCCAGGGAGAGAGCUCAUGUAUGAUGAAUAUCUCUCCGACUUUCAAAAAUGCACCGAUAUGAUUGACCAAAUCACGGCGAUUCAUAGUGAUCAAUCUUCGGCAUUUUUAGACCCGAUCUGGACGCCCGAGAUUGGAAUCAUCCCUGUGUUGUACAUUAUUGGUGCAAAGUGCCGCGAUCCAACGGUUCGACGUCAGGUUUUGAUGCUCUUGCGCCGACGACCGAUGCGGGAAUCCAUCUGGGAUAACUUGACCACAGCGAAAGGUAUCGAGAGGAUUAUGGCCAUUGAAGAGGCCGCUCUAGAGGAAUUAGGGACAGACUGUCUACCGUUGUGCCAUCGAAUAGAGUCUGUUUCCAUGUCGUAUAGUGGCAUUGGGCAAAUGGGGACCAAAAUGACCUUUAGUUACACACGCUGCGGACAGGACACAGUUCAUACGGAGAAGUUAGUAGUAUAAUGCACAUUGCUACUAUAGUCUAGCACGGAACGAUGAAUAUUGGCUAUACUUGGGGGUCAUGAUAUAUCAGUCAUUUUAUAUGCUAUGUGGAUCGUGCAGAUUAUAUAUACAGAGGCUUUACAAUCUUACGCCGGGAUAUCAUGCACGCCAUGCUUCAAUCUAUACAUACAUUUUCAUUUUCGCCCAAUGCAAUAUUUACCACUCGAGUCUGUCAUCGCAGACCAGGUCAACGCUGAAGCGCUGCUCGCCUCUCCACACCUUGGCUGGUUCCACGGUGUUUGCCACAGCGCGGCGCAGAUCCGUAAUCAUACCGCCAGGGCCACUUGCAAAGACGACCGUUCGUGCGGAAAUCGUGUUUUGCACAAAGUCGCCAAUGAUCUUGUUAAGGUCUGGUCUGCCAAGGCUUAGGUCCUCUUCCGUCUCAGUAGUCUUGACAGCAGUCUUUUCGCAAGGGCACUCUCCCUCUGAGGAAGACCCGGAUGAGACAGCCUUGUCCUGCAGAGACCCAAUCUUAGCGUCCCGCGUAAUGCAGAAGUGAAUAGUCAGGUUAAGAGUCGACUGGAAUCGGCGCAAGACUUCAAUCUCGUCGCGGACCCAGUUGAGGUUGCUAGCAUGACGGAUGGCCCAGACAAACUCAAUCUUGCGGUCUGCCACGGGGGCCUGGCGAGCAAGCUGCAGAAGAAGCGGUAGAACAUAUGUGAUACCAGUACCACCUGCAACGCAAACAACGUUUGUGUCCGCAUCGAUCUUGGAGAGGAGAUCCUCGCCGUAAGGACCGGUAAGAACGACACCAGUGGUAGCAGCAGAAGGAGGUGAUUGUUCUGUCUUCUUGCGCGCUAGUUGGGCGACCUUUUUGGUCUCACCGCCCUUGGCACGGAAGAUGUAGGAAUGCUUUACAACACCAUCCUUGACGACAGGGACGCUGAAUGGUGUAAAAGGGUGUGACUGCCAGAUGCUGCUGUCGGUAAAGGUGAGGUAAAAGUGCUGACCAACGGACCAAGCGUCUUGGGGAUUUUCCAUAUCAAGACGCACGACGUCGCCAUCCUCAUUGUCUUCAAAUAGAGAGACCUGAGCCUGGGCAGGCGAGAAGCCUGGCUUGACAGCGGUUGGGUGGUAGUGCAGAAGGGUAGAUCGGAAGAGUCUGGCGCCGCGAUCGAUGCCCCAGACAAUAAAGGCGGGGACAAUGAAGCACUCCAGCUUGUUCCAGUGUGCCCAGCAGGCGCCAAGAUAGACCAUGGCCAGUACGUAAUGGGCCUUGCGGAAGAACUCGUAGCCGGUGGCACGGAUGCCCCAUGGUGUGGACAGGAUCACCAUGAUGAGGAUCAAGAUGGUGGCUACAAUGCCCCAGAUAAUGUAUCCUUGCUGGAUCCAGACGAGCGAGACGCUAGGCUGUGGCUGGUAAAGACGCAGCUGGACGACGCACCAGGCGAUAGUAUGUAGCGACGCUUGAGCAAAGAUGAUGUAUCCCAACCAGCGGUGCAAAAAGUUGAAGUUUUGGUAUGGCACGCCAGUGACAACUGUGAGCAGCGAUUCGCGGGUGCUGAGAAGGACGGAGAGGGGAGUCAGGGCAUACGCCAAGACACCGAUGCGGUUGGACCACGGGCCCAGCGACGUGCGGAUAUUGAAUACACCGGGCAUGUUCUUGACUGGUGUGAUCCAUGUGCCGUAGACGAUGCCGACAAAGGACCAGAUGAUGACAUAGCCAGUCAGAAUCGCCAGCACGGCGACUUGCAGGCGUGUGGUACGACCAAAUAGGAAGUGGUUGGCAUCGGGCAGCAGGAUCUUGUUCUUGAGCGCGCUAGCUGUGUUGGCGAUGCGACGGAGAGUUGAUGGAGGUGCAUGUCUCGGCGCCGGGAUGACGGUAGGCUGGGCAGCCAGGCGUGCAAGCCACCAGAUGAGCAGGAUGGCGCCGAUGGUGCUCCAGAGGAUGCCGACAUAGAGCAUGCUCGAGUCGUGGGCAUCGUAGGCAAUAUCGAGAUAGGCGCAGGAGCCCGGGUCAUUCUUGCACGGGACUUGGCGAUCCGCAUAGCCCCAGUGGCGUGUGACAUUGCUGUCGAGGGAGUGGUCUUGGAUAUGUCGUUUUGUGAAGAAGUCCAUGGUGGCGGAUGUGUGGUACGUGUAUGUGCCUAUAUGUGUCGGUAUGGAGACGUAUUUGUUGGGAGGUUUCGGCCCGUCUUGCUCUAUGUAUAUGUGUACGUAUAUACAGAUGAAAUAGAUACGCAGUUGUCAGACACAGCGAAAUGAAACGGUGCGGUCUGUCGUUUGCGUGUCUUGUGUACGCCUGCACGGAUAUGUAUGUAUGUUUGUAUAUGUGUGUAGAUACAGGCUGUACGGCCUCUGUGUAUCAACCGCGUAUAUUGUCGGUAUGUGUGCGUGUAUAAAUCGUGUAUAGACAAUCGAUCGAGGGGCGUCCGCUGUGUCUCAGGGGCUUGCUUCUAUUCUGGCGAUAAUGAUGUUCGAAUGCCCUGCCUUCGCUUCGCUCGGCAUAUGCUGGUAGACUGGGGAUAGAGCGGCUGGCUGUAUAAAAAGAACAGCGCGACACAAUGCAACGAUACUCUGUUACGCUGCCGUGCAGAAAAAAAAAAGGAAAAAAGAAAAUAAAGAAGACAAGUAAUAGAGCAACUAUGCAACUCCUCUUUGAAUGCAAAGCAACCAGUUGUGCCAGUUGUGCCAGCUGGCAAUUCUUUAAAGUUUUGGACAAGGUAUUUAGUGUUUGCGGCCAC